AUGAAAGCUGAAAAAGUGUCCUUGGACUUCCAUGGAGUCGAAUCAGCAAAAAUCUCCCCGAGGAGACUUUUAGUGGCCAUUCUAAUCGGUUUUGUUCUAUUUCAAGUCAAUGUGGCGAUUGAAGUUAACAUUGGAAAGUUGCCAACGAUUGAGGUAUUGAAUGGCACCGAUGUCAUACUCCCCUGUACCUUCUCCAGCUGCAUGGAUUACAAAGACUCCAGCUUCUGGUGGACAUUCCAGAAAAACAGGACGGAAAAAGCAAAGGAAAUUAUUCAAAUUAAGCUAAACGAUAAGAGGCCCCAGGUCACUUCACCCGACGAGGAGAGCAGGUUUACGCUUAUUGGGGAAAUUAAAGAUAAGAAUAUUUCGCUUUUGCUGACAGAUGUGGAUUUUGAGGAUACAGGAUUGUACACUUGCUUCUUUAGAAACCCACAGGAAAUGAAUCAAGAGGCUAAUGCGACUCUACAACUAAUUGUUGUCAGUGAAUUGGUAGAAGUGGACAAUACACUGACAUUGAUCAUUCUCUCUGUUGUCGGAGGGGUGAUAGGAUUCCUCAUUCUAAUAUUUAUUAUUAAAAAGCUUGUAAAAUUUAUAAUUAAGCAAGUUGGAAAGAAGAAGAAGGAGUGCCUGGUAAACUCCUGUGCCAACACUGAACGUGGACAUUACGGUUCCAAAACCGACCUCAAAACCCCAACAAAGGCUUGA